ACACUAUGAUCAAACCAAACAAUCUCAACAUCACCUCCUCACAUUGCUCCAACUUCUUUUCCCCUAGCCUCUACCUUCUGCAAGACAUGCAAGUUUUGGAGAUUCUCAUUGCUGUUCUUGCGUUCAUAAUUAUUCAUUCUCUCAGGCAAAAGAAGCAUCACGGCCUACCCAUUUGGCCUGUCCUUGGAAUGCUUCCUUCUUUGGUCACAGGACUCAGAACCAACAUGUAUGAAUGGAUCACAGAAGUGCUUAACAGACGAAACGGGACGUUCAGAUUCAAAGGGCCUUGGUUUAGCAACCUCAACUGCAUUGUCACUUCUGAUCCUCGCAAUUUGGAGCAUCUUCUCAAAACCAAGUUCCCUGCAUUCCCUAAAGGAGGGUACUUCAGGAACACAGUUAGAGACCUACUUGGAGAUGGUAUAUUCAAUGCAGAUGAAGAGACAUGGCAAAGGCAAAGGAAAACAGCAAGCAUUGAGUUUCAUUCAACAAAGUUUAGGCAAUUAACAACAGAAUCGUUAUUUGAUCUUGUUCACUCAAGGCUCUUGCCUGUGUUAGAGGCAUCGGUUAAGAAAUCUGUUGCCAUAGACCUCCAAGACAUUCUAUUAAGGCUAACUUUUGAUAAUGUGUGCAUGAUAGCCUUUGGUGUUGAUCCAGGUUGCUUGCGUUUGGGAUUGCCUGAGAUACCAUUUGCCAAAGCCUUUGAGGAUGCAACAGAAGCCACAGUGCUUCGCUUUGUUACCCCCACAUGUGUAUGGAAGCUCAUGAGGUUUCUCAACUUGGGGGUGGAAAGAAAGCUCAAGAAAUCAAUAAAAGGAGUUGAUGAAUUUGCUGAGAAUGUCAUUAGGACUAGAAAGAAAGAGCUCUCUUUGCAAUGUGAGGACACCAAGCUGAGAUCAGACUUGUUAACCGUGUUUAUGAGGCUCGAGGAUGAGAAUGGAAAACCGUAUUCAGAUAAGUUUUUGAGGGAUAUAUGUGUGAACUUCAUAUUAGCGGGGAGAGACACUUCUUCUGUUGCUUUGAGUUGGUUUUUCUGGUUGCUUCAUCAGAAUCCUCAAGUGGAGGAGAAUAUACUAGCAGAGAUAUGCAGGGUGGUGAGUCAAAGGAAAGACAUGAAGCGGGAAGAACUUGAAAGUUCUUUGACAUUUAGGCCCGAGGAAAUAAAAAAGAUGGAUUAUUUGCAUGCUGCCCUCUCAGAAGCUCUGAGAUUGUACCCUUCUGUGCCUGUGGAUCAUAAGGAGGUAGUUGAAGAUGAUAUUUUCCCAGAUGGAACUGUGCUAAAGAAAGGGACAAAAGUGGUAUAUGCAAUUUAUGCAAUGGGAAGGAUGGAAGCUAUAUGGGGCAAGGACUGCAAGGAGUUUAGGCCAGGGAGAUGGUUAAGAGAUGGAAGGUUCAUGAGUGAGUCCGCAUACAAAUUCACUGCUUUCAAUGGUGGACCUCGCCUAUGCUUAGGCAAAGAUUUUGCAUACUACCAGAUGAAAUAUGCUGCAGCCAGCAUCAUAUACCGCUACCAUGUGAAAGUGGCGGAGAAACACCCUGUGGUGCCAAAGCUUGCCUUAACUAUGUACAUGAAGCAUGGAAUGAAAGUUAACCUUUACCGGAGGGAUGCUUCAGAAAUUCAAAAACACUGGGAAGAUUUGUUAAAAUGA